AGGGUUUAAAGACCCUGUGCUCGGGUGCGCCCCAGGCACAUUGUUCAACAUCAGUUUUCAGUUCACUACUUCUGUAAUGAGAGAGCAGUCAUUUCGUGGCACAGUUGUUGGGGCUACGGAAUAAAACUGAAUCGCUGCACAGCAUCUAUCAGCAGCGGGGGAAGAGGGGACAGGUAAGCUCCUAUGUCUUCGUGUCUCGGGUGUGAUGUCCUGGAAAACUUCCGUGUUUCCCACUAGCGCCCCUGACAUCCGCAGGGAGAGAAGUACGAUGAGGAGAAUCUGAGGAUGCAUCUGCAGUCAGAUCGUGGCAGCCCCACAAGGCAGCAGGGCUGGGAAGGCCCAGGGACACAGUAAUGAUGGGAUGCCUAAGUCUAGAGCUGCUCAAAGGCCCACCGCGCCGGGGAGGGGCGGCCUGGGCAGUGUUUGGGGAGGUCACCCUGGAGACGGCAUGGGUGCCCACGGGAACUACAAGACCAAGAGAGACCGGAGGCAGCAGCCAGUCUUUCUGCAGCUCCACUGAGGACGAUCCCAGGUCCAGGUGGUCCGGCGCACAGCAGCAUUAUUUUUUCCUAGAGUGUGUUAUGAUGUCAGCCUUGGCUAAAGAUAAACUGUUUCCUGCACUGAGGAAAAGAGGGAGUGUGUGCUCCCCAAGUAAUCACGAGUUCCGACAGAAGGAGGGUCAUUGGCGCGUCAGACAUUCCCACAGUACUGUGUCCCACGCGGAUGAGCCCAGCCGGCCUGAUGAAGCCUCCUGCCUUACAGUUCACAUGGAAAACACCUACCAGUUAGGUCCCACGAAACGUUUUCCCGUGGCCACUGUCAAUCGUAUUUUGAAAGAUGUACUAACUGCCCAUCUACAAGAAGCAAAAUAUGACCCCGAGUCCUGCAGACAGAUGACUAAAACAAUUUCUGAGGUUAUUAAAGCCCGGGUCAAAGAGUUAAUGAUUCCCCGGUAUAAACUAAUUGUGACUGUUUACAUUGGACAACAAGAUGGUCGGAGCAUACUUAUUGGCAGCAGGUGCCUCUGGAAUCCUAAAAGUGAUACCUUUUCAUCCUACACUUUCAGAAAUUCGACCCUCUUUGCACUUGCAAAUGUCUAUGCGGUUUACUUUGAGUAACUGAAAAUGAGAAGGAUGGUCCCAGUAUCUUAAAAUCGUCAAACAGGCUCUGUCUCUCUAUCCACAAAAGUUCUAUGGGCAAAACCCGUGAGAAAGAAGCAAGACGAACAUGGCAAACAACUGGAAGUUUCCGUCACUCUUGUGAGAACUUGUGGAGGGAGGGGAGCCCAAGAAAGAACCUUGUUUCUCCAAAACAGAAGUUGAAUGUGGUCCACAUAAACAUAGAUGCUGACUAAAUAUUACUUUCGGCACUAAUUGUUUUGAUUUCUCUUUUAGUUGGAGAGAUUGAAGUCCGUGGACCACUUUUUGAUAAGGUUCUAGAAAUAUAUGGUAAUAUAUUCUGGGUAUAUAUCAUAUAUAGGACAGGAUAAUUCAACAUGGUACACAAAAAUGAUAAAUGUUAAUAUACUUCAGUACUGCAUAUGAAAUAAUACUGGUUUUCAUUUUACAUUUAAUAAAUUGAGCAGCAUUCAUUAACUGCAAUUACUGUUACAUGUACCUGACAGCUAAAAGUGCUGAGGUAGAAUUAAUGAUUUCAUAAUAAUUACCAUAGUCCCAUGGGGCUACAAACUAAAUCUAGACGCUCUUGUGGGUUGCCUGCACUUUACAAAAUUACAGGAGAACUGAACAUUGGCUCUUCAAUAAUGGAAACUAUAAAGUGACUACAGGCUUUUAAGGACACUAAAGUAGACAUUAUGCUAUUAAAUAUACAUGAUGCUUAAUAGUAAAUGUGUCUGUAGCACCUAAGAUCAUGCAUUGGAAAGAGACACUACCUUUGAAUAUACACUGUCCACGUGACUUUGAGUAGCUUUUUCUGGCCUAACCUUUACCCAGAAUUCAAAGCUGGCAACUUAACAAAUAAAACAUGUGUAUUUGCCAUUUUGUUCCUAUGAAUUUAGCACUCAAGUGACCCAGUGAGGUUUCUGAAUGUAUGGGCAUUGAAGUUUACAGGGCUGAAAUAGCUCUUCUGCUGGCUAAUGCCUCUUGUAGCAUGGGUCGUUUAUUUUUAUGGAGCUUUCAAGUCUUUGUGUGCAUGUGAAAUGACGCUGUGGCAUUGCUCUAGGAUGGCACGUCAUCUGCCUAGAGGACAUUCGUUAAAGGUCAAACACAAAUUGCUCACAUAUGGAGAGAAUUAGCAGUAUUACACUCUUAAGGGGGGAAUUACAUGUAACUCGUAUCAGAAAGAUUUUAACAAAUGGAAAACCCAGUCAAUGCUUCACAAUUUAAAAAUGUUUUGAUGUCUUACUUUUCCCUAAGACCAAAUGUAGUUUUAAAACGCAUUUCUAGGCUUUUUCUGAUAAUGCUUUAGGGGGCUUAUGUAGAAUAAUGACCACCAGGACUGGCCUGUCUGCAAACACCAGUUUGGAAACUGGAUUUGAUUAUCAGAGAGAGCAGCGAGUGUCACCGUAUGCUUUUUCAACGGUUUCUUUCUGAGACGAAGGCCAUGAAAUCACACAGCAGCUUGGUGCGAACGAGUCAGAUGAAGACAUAGCUUUGCCAUGGAGAAAACCUGCUGCUGGGGUGACGUCCGUUCCGGGUUCUAAGUUCCAGUCAGUAGAAUCAUUUCUCACCGUCCAUUCCAGGUUGUGUUGGCAACUAAAACCUUGACAUACGAAGGCCGUUAAAAAAUGGGAAAGGUAGUUUGCAGGUCUAUUGCCGUGUGCUGUAAUUGAGAUAAGUCCAGGGGUGACCGCUAGCAAUCACAGCAGCAUGGGAAUAUAGGGUAAGAACUCAUCCAGAGUAACUAAUUUUCAGGAGAGCGUUAGUCACCACACAAAGCCUUGAGAUGGGAAAUUUUCAAAGAAACACCACCGUAAGUUUGAAGAAGUUUUAUUUUGAAACAGCUGAGCUUCCUCUCCCUGAAUGCCGGUCUUCCUACUCAUUCCACUGUAGAACACCCUGCCUUCUUUUCGGCAAACUCAGGUCUCACCCUCCCCUCAGGCCCUCCUCCAUCCAUCUCCUCCCUCCCACUCCCCUCCUGGGAUCUCUCUCUGUUAAUCUCUUGACUAUUCUCCAGCUUUCCCCCCUCCCUCCCUCGCCUUGCCUGCUUGAAGAUACUGAGUGUAACAGACCACCUAACAAUGAAGUCUAAUUCUUUACUUAUAAGCAAGACUCUUGUGCCCUGUGCUACCUAACUCCCAACUGUCCCGAAAUAGCAAUCCACAUCUCAACCCUUAAGGACUAGCAUCCUAUUGAAAUGACAGCAGGGUGCAUCUGUAACCCCAGAACUCCAAUAAGGGGAGACAGGAAGAUUACCACGUGAUUACACAGAUUGGAACAUGUUAUCACAAGAAAAUUCCAGAAUGUCUUUAUCCAGUGAAGGAACAUGUGGUAGGCUUUGUGAAAGGCAAUUAAGACUUCCUCCAGACUGAUGGAGACCCGGAGAAUUUCAAAAGAUGAAAGGUUAGAGGGAUUUACAGGGAAUAAGAGGGCACACAAAGAUGGAAGGGUGUAUGGUAGCUAUCUGGUAAGGAAGCGCACGCAGACCAGGAGGAGUCAUUUGCAGCUUUCCUCCAAGUGAAUAGCAUUAAGUGAGUCUAAGAAGCUAUGUCAUAUGGGACAGUGCAGGAACAAGGUCUACACGGUUAGGCAAAAGGAGGCUAACACAAUGCACAGAGUGAAGUUUCAAGUCCUGGGUGACUGGAAGACUAAGUUCUGACCGCCCCCCCAUCCCAGGCACAUUAAAUACAUUACCAGUUUUACAAAGCAGCAGCAUUUCCUUGAUGUAAUGAUAAUGCUGGUGCCACAGCACAGGGUUUUGUAGGAUUAACUGCAUGCUUGCUGACCGGCUCACAGCUUAAUGUCUAAGAGAAGCGCUUGUGGUCACAGCCGAAAAGUCUGAGUGCCUGGAGCAAAAUGCACGGUCCUGUUCACAGGAAUCAGACACCAGCUGAAAGAGUUUGAGAAAUAAAACACUGAGUUGGAGUCUGCACCCUAGGUUAAGUUGAUCGGCCACAGGCAGCUGCAAGCUGGGCCAGAACAUCAAGGGAAGAGAUUUAGACUUGGCAGGCAUCCAAAAUAAGAUCUUACUUCUCCCUCCUGCCUUAUAAAAUAUGCAUCAGCCAGCAAGUAUAAUCAGUGCUAAACAGCCAAUAACCGGCUCUAGGAACCCAGCCAGAAACCACCUCCCCAAACCUAGGGCUCUAUCAGUUACAACACGCUGCCUUUUUUCUUUCUCUUUUUCUUCAUUAAAAUUAUUUCCUAUAUUAUCCCUUUCUGUUAUCAGACACCAGAGGAAAUGUGAAGUGUCUUGAAAAAUAAGCUAGCAUCCCGGAGCUUGUUGUCAGCUGCAGUCAUUGAUAAUUGGGUGACUUCAUAAAGCACGUAGUAGGAGGUCAGAGUGCAACAGAUCGUGGGGUCAGAAAUGAAGCAAUAAAUGAAAAAAAAAAUAUUUUCACUAAAAAUGAAAUCAAUGAAUUAAUUUUUUAAGUCUGAGAGUUAGUGUUUGGAAGUAAAUUUUUUUUUAAAUGUCAACAAAUCAGACAUUUAUAACGUAACAAUCUUGAAGAAUGAGCACUUGCCUUCUUGAGAGCAUCAUUUGACCUGUCUUUCUGGGAGAUAUAAAACACAGACAAGAAAAUUCAACAUCAAACAGUUAUUUGGUUUUCUUCCCUCGUCUCUCUGAUGCUCUUAUAGGCUGCAGUCUGGGGCUUUCAUGAACUUUGAAAGUGCUCUCCCAAGCCAGAGGUGCCAACCACUCCGCCCUCGUGGCAUCUCAGCUCUUUUAAAGUCUUUCUUCUGAGAGGCCAUGGAUGUAGUUUAAGGGAAGGGAUGGUGCUCUUUUUUUCUUUCUUUUCUCUCUUUCACUCCCCUCUCCCUCCCCCUCCCUCUUCCUCUCCCUUCCCCUCCCCUCCCUCUUCCUCUCCCUUUCCUCUCCCCUCCCCCCCCUCCUUUUCAAGCAUAGGUUUGAAGACACACCACUUCAGUAAUUUCUAACCCUUAACAGUUAUGUAAGUUUGGCAAGGACCUAACACCUUCAGCCUGUUUCCUGAAAAGUAAAAUAGACCAUGAUUGUGUUCUCAUGAAGACUUGGACAGACAGUGCGGAUAAAAUAGCCAACCCAGAGCUGAAGAGGUAGCUCAGAGGUUAAGAGCACUGCCUACUCUACACUUCUGAUGACCUGAGUUUGAUUCCCAACACCCGCAUGGCAGAUAACAGGUGUCUAUAACCACAGUUCUCAGGGAUCCAGCGCCCUCUUCUGACGUCCCUGGGCAACAGGCACCCAUGGUGCACAGAUACACAUGCAGGCAAAACACCAAUACACAUAGAAACAUUUUUUUUUAAUUUUUGAAAAAAAAAUGAUAGUUGAGCCAAAGCAGGGUGUGAUAAGGCACAUCUGUAAUCCCAGCAUUUGGGAGCUAGAGGCAGGAGGAUUGGGAGUUUGAGACCAGCCUCAGCUAUACCAGAAUUGGAAGCCAGCCUGGGCUAUGUGAGAUCCUGUCAAUAAUAAUAAUAAUAAUAAUAAUAAUAAUAAUAAUAAUAAUAAUAAUAAUAAAAGUAAGCAAAUAAAAAAAAUCUACCUAUUAAAUAAACUUCCUCUUAACCUCUAAUUUUUACAGUAAGUGUUUGCUAAAGCAGAUCUGGGUGUCCUGGAGCAAGUCUCUAAUCCCAGUACUCUAGAGGCUGAGGCUGGAGAAGCUGGAGUUCCAGUUUUAGCUACACAAUUAGACCCUGUCUCAAAGCACCAAGGGCUGGGGAUAUAGCUCAGUCACUGUAGAGCUCUUGCUUAGUAGACCCAAGGCCCUGAGUUUAAUACUUAGCACUGUAAAAAGAAAGAAAGAAAGAAAGAAAGAAAGAAAGAAAGAAAGAAAGAAAGAAGAAAGAAAGAUUGGAUUAAGCUGAUAUUUUUACAAUUACCUCUCAUCACUAUAAUAUACCUGUGAUUAUUUUUUCCAAAUUUUCAAACACCAUUAUUGAAUGACAGUUUUCUUUCAAAAUCCACAUUUUCCAUGGCAUUAUCUGUUCCCAACUUCUACCUCCAAUGCUGAUUUCUCUUUGUGCCAUGCAGAGGGCUGGAGGCUGCACAGAACUUUUCCUGUUUCUCAACAGUGAUGUUGCUUAGCCCUGUCCAUUCCUUGCUGCCUUCAAUCCCAUUUGGAUUUGUGAGUUCAUUCAUAAAUGAGCACAUACCUCCAGAGAGUGAGCUGAAACCUAAUAUGCUGAAAAUUUCUCUCCAGUCUGCAGUAGCUUUCAGUUUCUUUCCUGACAGCUCAACUGUGCUACACAUAUUUUUUUCUUUUAAAUACAGGCUCUAAAUUGAAACCUGUGGUUCUCCAUCUACUAGCAACCAUUUCCCUACCUACCAAGACAAGAAACCAGUAUAACCAGUAUGGGGAGACCCAGGCUUCCCUUUGCACUUGAGUUAAUAACCAACAGAUGAUGUUUCCAACAAAUGAUGAUGGUGGAUCAUCCAACUACCAAACACACCACAUAAUCUGUCUGAUUUUGCUUAGUAGAUACUGGGAAAUCACUUUGUAAAUUUAUACAAGAUAAAUCAUUUUGAAACUAAAGAAAAAAUAAUGUAUAUUUGUUAAUUAAUAAUACAAGUAGAUUCUUUCUAUUUAGUUCACUUUACUUUGAUAGUAUAGAUUUAAAAUUAUUUCAAAACAUAGCUAAAGUGCUUACUUGCAUCUCCGUCUACAAGCACAAGUGAAAGACAUGUAAGGACCCACUCAUUUAAUGAAGUAGGGGUUACGAUUUAAGAUAAAGCAUUUCCUAAUCCUUAUGAUGGGCCUAACUCAGUCUGAGAUCAGAUUCAUCUGAGGACAUUAUUAGGAAAUAAUGACAAGUGUUUUGGGUUUUUUUAUAAAAAUGAUUGGGAACAGAUACUAGAAAUUUCAUUUGCAAAAGGCACUGACUCUUUAGUUAGACCUACUGAUGACCAGUGGGUGAUAAAGCAAGAGAAAGCUAUCUCUUUUGUUUAAAAUUUGGGGGUCAGAUUCAUGCCCGUUCUUCACCUAGGCAUGUUAAUCAUUCAAGGAGCACCCCAAAGCGAAUGACCUUUAUUUGGCCUGUUUCAUCCUCCUUCAAGACCAAAGGCACAGAGGGAAGAGUAGAAGAUGGGAGGGGACUAUCAGCUGGCAGAUUUCCAAGGUCCUGCCCCAGACCAGCCAAGCUAAACCCCAGCUCACAUACAACUCUUAGUCAUGGCCAUCUUAUUACUUCAGAAGCAAAUGGAGGGAAGUCAAGUGUGCUGUUUUUAUACUUCUUUGAACUAUUUGCAUUUCCUACCCUUGUACAUAGGUGAUCUUUUCCCCUAAAAACAGCAUCCCACAGGAUUUAAGUAAAGAGACUUCCUUUUGUUUCUAUAUCCUUAAAUAAUAUAUAUUUAUAAUAACUAAGUUAUAAUUGUCGGUGAUAAAUAUUUAUUAUAUGAUAAGUGGUAACUAAUAAAUAUAUAUUGGAAAAUUAUACAUAUGGGCCAUCAAGAUGGCUGAGUGUGCAAAGGCCCACCCUGACAACCUGAGUUUAAUUCCUGGGACGUGCAGAGUGAAGGGAGAGAACCGACUCCUGCAAGUUGUCCUCUGAUCCCUAUGUCUGUGCUGUAGCGGACACACAUCCAUAUACAUAUGCACACACACACACAUAUACACAAUAAGUAAAUAAAUGAAAUUUAAAAUUUUUUUUAAAGCAUUGAUAUGCUCUCCUCUAGAGCAAGGUAAGGUAACCUAUAGAAAUGAGUCCGUUCAUAGGGAUAUAUAAGGUUGUCUAUUGUGUCCUUCUAAUUACAAAUAUUGCAAACAGUCUGAACUAGCUAAAUUUUGGCAACUCGUGUUUUUUUGCACAUUCAGAAACUACAGAAUUUCAAAGAGCUUUUGUUUAUAUGGAGAAUAUUCAUAUUUAAAACAGAAAUUUUAAAAUAGUAACAUUUAAGAAUAAUAAAAGCACUACAUGUUAUCACAAAUAAUGUAUUUUACAAAAACUAUUUUUACGUAAUAAAAAAAUUUGUAGGCAGAGUGGUGUUGCAUUGUAUUUUUACAGGUGUUGUAUGACUCUUCCUGAGAAGACUGAACAAGUAUUUAUUCAAGUCCAAACAGAGAACUAACACACACACACAAACACACACACACACACACA